CCUGGCCGGAGCGAAGGGGAUACGCUGCAGACCAAGGUUCUCCGGAGGGCUGCACUGACAAACAGCCAGGAGCGUCCAAAUUCUCUGUUUUUCAUGUGGAAAAACAUGCUCAAUUGGCUUGCGAGUGCAUUCAGCAGUGAAAAGGGCCACACGUUUGUUGAACAGCUUCAAAAAAUCCAGUGUAUGCUGCAGGAUGUGAACUCCAACAUCGCAACGCCUCUCUCCUCAGCCAGGGAGGCUCAUUUAAAACGAACAUCUUUUAGUGAGAAGCCAGUUCUGGAGCUGGAGCAGUGGAUUGACAGUUACACAGAGCAGCUGCCUCCACUCAGAGCUUUCAUCUUGCCGUCGGGAGGUAAAAGCAGCGCUGCUCUCCAUUUUUCCCGAGCUGUCUGCCGCAGAGCUGAAAGGCGUGUGGUUCCUUUAGUACAAGCAGGGGAAGCAGAUCCAAACGUGGCCAAAUAUUUAAACAGGCUGAGUGACUUUCUCUUUGUUUUGGCACGUUACGCUGCAAUGAAGGAAGGAAAAGAAGAGACUAUAUAUGUAAGACCUCAGACAUAA